AAGUAUUACUCAGCUGAGCAUAGAAGAAGCGUCCUCCCCCUACGACUUUGACGUUUAGCAGCAGCGGCUGUGUUGACCUUCCUACAGCAGCGUGACAAACUGAAAGAUGGCUGGACGUAUGUUUGCAAAUUGGUGGGCCAAGAUGGGCCCUUACUACACAAAGGCAUACCCUGAGAUGUGGGUUGGUCUUGGCAUCAUGACUUACCUGUACUACAAAGUUUCCUAUGGGGGCAAGAAAGCUGUGAAGGCCAAGCCUGCCCAUUGAGUUUUCCACCAUGCUGACAAUCCCUCCACCUGCUGUGAAAUAAUGCCCCAGUCGCUAGUGAGAAGUCCAUCUUCAUAUUUGAAUUUUUGUUAAUAUGGAACAAAUAAAUAAAAGUUGUUAUCCAAAACUUUGGUCAUAUCAUU